GAGAGAGGAGAGAGAGAGAGGAGAGAUCUCAGCCACUGCACAAACUGUGCCAUUGCGUGAAGCAGCUGAACCCCACGCAGUGUCGCCCUUCCUCCCGAGGUGUAUUCCCUUUGGCCGCUUUUAUUUGGCCAAAAAUGAAAACUCUUUCAGCUGCUUCAUUCCUUCUCCUCUCAAUGAUUAAUUAUGGAUCUUCUCAGAACACAAGCAACCCUAUUUCAGACAGAGGGUGUGGAUUGAAGCUUCUGCCACACUACCUGAAUUUGUGCAGCCUGGACGUAAUCUGGGGAAUCGUUGUGGAGGCGGUGGCAGGCGCAGGAGUGCUGACUGCAUUCUUACUGAUGCUGAUUCUGCUGGUGAAAUUACCGUUCAUUAAAGACAAAGACAAGAAAAGUCCUCUUGGGAUCCAGUUUCUGUUUCUGUUCGGCACCCUGGGAUUGUUUGGACUGUCGUUUGCAUUUAUCAUCCCAGAAGAUGAAAAAACGUGUCCCACAAGAAGAUUUUUAUGGGGAGUCCUAUUCUCUCUCUGUUUUUCCUGCUUGCUUGCGCAGGCGUGGAGGUUGCGACGGCUGGCUCAACAUGGCAAAGGCCCAUCUGGAUGGCUGUUGGCUGGCAUUGCAGUCUGUCUCAUGCUGGUUCAAGUUAUAAUUGCAGUGGAAUGGUUGAUCCUAACUAUCGUUCGAGAACAAAAGUCGGCUUGCAAAUAUGAGCAGAUGGACUUUGUGAUGGCACUGAUUUACGUUAUGUUCCUGAUGGCUGUAACCUUUCUGCUUUCGCUCUUUACCUUGUGUGGAAAGUUCAAGAAAUGGAAGAAGAACGGAACCUGCAUUAUUGUGACCAUGUUUUUCUCCAUCUUGAUCUGGGUUGCGUGGAUUGCCAUGUACCUCUAUGGCAAUGUGGAACUGAACAAAAGGCCACUGUGGGAUGAUCCUGCACUCUCCAUCGCACUGGUUUCUAAUGGCUGGGUGUUCCUUAUUUUUCAUGCAAUUCCAGAGGUCCAUUGCUCAGUCGUCCCAUCAAAACAAAACACACCCGAUUACUUUGACGCAGUCCAGCCUAGAAUCCGUGAGACUAAUUUUGAAGAAGAAUUGCAACUUCCACGUAGUUACAUGGAAAAUAAGGCUUUUUCUCUGGAUGAAUCUGCGGCAGGCUAUAAAUCUGGCUUUCGGAAUGGGAGUAUGGGACCUCGACCUAACAUUCAGCUUCGAAGCAACGUCUACCAACCCACUGAGAUGGCAGUGGUACUUAAUGGUGGAAAUAUUCCAUCCGCUCCUCCAGGUUACCCAGGAAGACACCUAUGGUAAAAGCUAAACAGAUGAGUCACAAGCCAAUUCCAGCAAUUCACUGAUCCAGUGGCUCCUUGGACAAAAAUCAAUGCAAAUGAUUUAGCAAAUGGCAGUGAAACAAACCGGAGAUGUAUGAAGCCCAAUUAUUCUUAAGCUGAUAGAAUUUUUAUAGAUGUGUAUAUACAGAAUAUAGUGUCGCUUGUAGGAUGUACAUAUAAAAGUUUUAAAGUUAGAAAUUUAUUGUUCUGGCAAUGCUUUCACCUACCUAUGGCAUCCUUUAUGGCUCCAGAGCAUUUCUAUGCUUGUGUACAUACUGGGAUUACAUUAUACUGAGUUAAUAAAUUGUGGAAAUGUGACUUUCAAUAGUGCUUAUUUCUGUAAAAUCAACAUUUACUGGAUAUUACAUUAAACUCCCUGGAGGAGAUGGGAAAAUUUGUUUAUCCUUGUAAAUGUGUUUUGCAGAGUCAGUAAUGUCUGUAAUUAGUGCCGAGGAUAAGUUGUAACUGUGGGGUGACUUUAGUCAUUUAGAUUUUUGUUUGGAGGCAUUCUGUGUUAGCUAAUCAAUAAAAUGGCAUAAAAGUUAAAUUGAUGCAGCAAACCACUGUUUACGUGUUCAUUAGAAACGUGACUAACAGUAAUUUUGCUAUGAAGAUUCAGUCUGUGGUGCAUGUGUACUGUACACUGAAAGCAAGUGAGAUUAUAAAAGUUUUAAUAAUUAAAACACCAGUAUGCUUUGUAUGCAAGAAGUUUUGUUUAAUGCUAGUAUUUGUAGUCAAAAUAAUAGAUUGCCACUGAGGUGUAGAUUUUGAAGCUUGUACAAAACGAUCCCAAUUUACCCUCUGUAUCUACCUUUUUAAGAAUCUUUAACUUAUUUGGCUUAUUUACUUUUUGUAAAAAGUCAAAAUGCCAAAAACUUUAGUUCCAUUUUUGCUGAUCAUUUCUCUGCCAUGUAAUACUGUAAAUAAAAAUAAUGUGUCUAUUUAAAA